AUGACCUCGGAUUCAACUCUGCUGCAUCGCCCGACCGAGGCUCUUAUCCUCCCGACCAAGCGACGCUUCUUCCCGUUCAAGAUCCCCAACUUCCACACACAGCUUCGCAACUAUAUCAGUACGGCUGAUGCCGAUCGCAUCUAUGUCGUGGUCGAGAGGAUCGUGUACGCAAUACACGUAUCGGCGCAAAAGCGUGAGAGUGUAGCGGUGAUUCCAUUUGAGCCGCGCUGUCUUGCCGCCGGACAUGGUUGGAUCGCAGUCGGAGGUCCUGAGAAUGGUGAAUGCGCUUUUAUUCGGAUCGGUGACCACGAGUCGCGAGGCCAUGGGAAUGCGCCUUCAUUCCAGGCCGAGGUGGAUAGUGCGCUCCCGCUCGAUCUCGACCCACCGUCGCUAAUGACGUCGCCGACCGAUUUCAACAGCGAGUCCAUGUCAACCCGCUAUCGGAGCAGCCGAACAUCCCCCGAAGUAGAACUCCACAGGUUUGGUGGCAGCAUAGUUAAUUCGGUGGUAAUUCAUCGUUUCUAUGGUGGCAGCGAGGACCUGGCGGAUGAAGACAUCGCAGUUUUGAGCAACAAUGAUCGGACCGUCACAGUGUAUUCACUGUCUCGUGCAAAGGUCCUCAAGAUUCUUCAUCAUCCGACUUGCAUGAACUAUGCGACUAUCUCCCCAGACUCGAAGCUGCUCACCGCGGUAGGGGAUGAAAAUCACGCCUAUUUUUAUGAAAUCACUCGAGAUCUGGAAUCCACUGCGACAACUGAAUCAGGGGAGAGGCUCACAGGGUGGGACUGGGAGCUUAUCAAUCGAUUGGAGCUGCAGAUUGGCCUGCGGGCGGAUGAUGCGUGCUGCUUCACCGUUGCUUUCUCGCCAUCCAGUCGCCUGUGUGCCAUAGGAUCCCAAUCUGGAAUCAUUACGGUUAUCGAUGUCCCGUCCAUCUACAAAGAUCUUAGCAACUCGGAGGACGACACUCCGGUACUUUGUCAAUUUCCGGCCUCAAGAUCAUGUGCCGAGGGCGGUGCUGUCCGUUGUAUGGCCUUUUCACCCGAGCCAUGGGACCUUCUUGUGUGGCUCGAGGGUCACGGCAGAGCCGGCGUUGCAGAUGUUCGCCAACAGUUCAUGCGCAGGCAAAUACUUCAUUUAGACUCCGAUGACCCGAAGCUUCAAGAGGUGUACACCGAAUUUUCGUCCGAGAACCUCGAACGACAAGCCCUGGACGAAGAACUCCUAGAAGCUACAUCACGAGGAAGACAUGAUAGCGAAGAUUUUCUGACGGAGCGGGAUGGAGAGGAAACGGAGCGUUCUUCUCUGCGGGAGUCUUUGAUUCAAGACCUCACCGAGAGAGAACGGCUGAUCAUGGAGUUCUUGAACACGGCGCGCUGGACGUCCCGGCUGGAAGAAGGACUUACUGAGCGACCCGAGCGCCCAGCCAGGGCAAGCCUUCACCCUGAGCCAGGGACUCGUCCACGAAGUCAUGUUUCCACAGGUGGUGCCAGUCGCACCAAUCGUCCUACUUCGCCUUUGCAUCACUACGAUUCCUCUGAUGUCUCCCGGGAUAGUCACUUGAGCCGCACUGCGUCCCAUCCAAGACGCCAGAGCUCUGUAGUUCUGUCUCAAGGAAGUCGGUCCUCCGAAGCGGCGUCCUCUCGCCCCGAUCGCCAAUCGAGCAUCACCCUCAGCUAUUCCACCUCACCUUCAGAACUCCCAUCACUUGCGUCCGAGAUCAUCUCUCGGGCUGGUGCCGAUCCUGACGCAGGGAACAGCGAGCCAUCAAGCUCUAUUUCACGACGCUUUGAACGAACGCAACAUGGGACAGAAAGAAGGCACGACACUUCGCGCCUCACAACAUAUGAGAUUCGUGCCAAUGUCGCCGCGGAGCGGCUUCGACGGCAACGGCAAAUUGCCAAUGAGGUACAUAAUCGCUCUUUUGAAAGGGAACAAAGGCAUCGCCAACAGCUUCUCGGUUUUGAGCAGACACACUCUCCCCGCUGGAUCAGAAACAUAAUAAACGACCUCCCGGACCGAACUUCAAUGCAUGGCCCAGGUGCCGAGGAGCCAGAUUCGACCGCCGGGGUCGGCUGGGGCGCCGAUGGGCGCACAUUGUACAUUGCCACAUUGGAAGGGAUUUUCGAGUUUCAACUCAAUACUCAUGAUCGGAAAACCUUCCCCAUCUUUCGUUGUCGUUGA